AUAAAGUCCUGAAGAAAAAUCCAUGCAACUCUUGGGUAUAUCACCUAGUACUAACUGUUACUGAUGGAGCUUAGAUUAAUGUGAUAAAUGGUUGUCUUUAAUGAAUCCAAGAAUAGGAUAUGUGGUGGCCGAGGGGUAGGCUCGUUCCUGGGAUGGAGGCCUGCUGAAAGCAAAAUUAAGUUAGCUAGAAUUAUGAGCUUAAACAAAAGUCUUAUCAGCUGGAUGGGAGGGGGAGGCGCCGUUUCAUGCCAAAAAGAUCAAUGUAUGUCGUCAAUUAUUGGGAUUGAAAGGGGCCUCUCAAAUCAUAUCGUUUGUUGACUAAACUUGUACCGCUCUUGAUUAUAUGCUCGAAUAGUUGUUUCUUCAAUCAUUGAGGUUGCUAUCCCUUCACGUUUAACUUUGCUUACCGCUCCACCUAUUGGACUUCACCAAUCUUGGCUGAUCAGACCUUUUCUGUACCUCUAAAUUAAUUAACCUUUCAACUUUUUCUUCUUAUUCACCAAUGCUUCCAUCUGAUUAUCCCAAGCUCACAACUCAACUCUUAUCAGGAUCGGUUCUUCUAACCUUAUAUGUUGAUUAAAGAUUAUGCAUAAAGAAGAUUUAUCGUGGAUCAAUUUCUAAUAAAAUCGUUAAUUGUAUUUCUAACUUUGUGCUGAUCUACAAUUGUAAUAUUGGAGUGAACAAACUUCAACUUUUGGGCACCUUUUUUUUUUUACUUAUUUCUCAUGUGUUGAGAUGAAUUGUAUUUAUAACGAUUUAAAAAGUUUUGUAAGCAUUUGAGGGAAGGAAGAGUGUUUUCAUUUUGGGCAUGCCAAUAAGUUUCUGUAAUUAUCUUCCAACAUUUUUUCUAGUAUUAGUUUUAGUUCUUGGUUUAUAAAAUUCAUUACUCGUUAACUUAUAAAUAUUAGGAACUAAGAAAGAUGAAACUGGACUAUUGGGCCAACUUAAGCCUUGUGAAAUGUAAAACAGGCCCAGGUGUGCUGGUCUUUAAAACCAACUUCCAAAAUAAUAAUAAAAAAAUCCCCAAAUCUUCCCGCGUCUUUUGAUUUAGGUAGACAGGAAUGUCCGCCAGCGAAAACCGAGCAGCAUCAGCAGCAGCGAGAGAUACUUCAAGUGAUGAAUCGUUAAGGCUAGCCGUAGCCAUAUCUCUCCUCCGAUCAAAGUUUCUCCAGAACCAUCCUCCUCCUUCCCAAUCCGACGCUCUUAAAUGGAAGCGAAAGGCAAAGGAGCGAAAGCAAGAGAUUCUCAGACUCAGAGACGAUCUCAAGGAAGCCGAAGAUGCUUCGCAAUUCGACCUUUUCCCGCAAACUGCUUCUUGCAAGUGCUAUUUCUUCGGUAAUUUGGGGAAAUUAAGCCCUAAUCGACUUGGAGACGCUUCUGAUCGUAGAUUCAAUGAUGUUCUUCGCCGAAGAUUUCUCAGACAAGUUCGACUGAGGGAAAGAAGGAAAGGAGCUGCUUCAUCUCUUAAAGGGCGUGUUUUAGGCUGUAACGAUGAAGAUCAAGCAGAGCAGCUUAAGGCUUCAAUUGAUUUUCUUGUGGAGCUUUGUGAUACAAGUUCUCCUGUUCAAGAAUCUAAAUUUGAAAAUUGGUCUCACCAAGCUGUGGAAUUCAUUUUAGUGGCAUUGAAGAAUCUAUUAUCGACGGGAAGGAAAUUGGAAUCCAUUGAAGGAGUUGUUAGCAGCUUAAUUAUGCGUUUGGUUAGACUGAUGUCUUCUCCCUCAAGAGGAGACGAGGCACAUCACAGUGACACCAAUUCCCAGUUCUACAUUCAACAUUUGCUCCGUAAGCUUGGGUGUGAACCCUACAUUGGACAGCGUGUAAUACUUUCAGUUUCUCAAAGAAUAUCUGUACUCGCAGAAAGUUUACUUUUCUCAGAUCCAUUUGAUGAAAAUUUUCCUGCUAUGCAUGAGUGCAUGUUUGUAAUGAUCCAGCUUAUUGAGUUUUUGGUAUCAGACUACUUGUUAACCUGGCCAGCAAAUGAAGGCUUUGACAAUAUUCUUUUUGAAGAGUGGGUGACAUCACUUGUCCAGGCACGGAAAGCUGUUGAAGUUUUAGAGAGCAGAAAUGGGCUGUAUGUGGUGUACAUGGAUCGAGUCACGGGAGAAUUGGCUAAACUCGUGGGUCAGGUUCCAUUGUCGCAGAAGCUCAAUUCAGAUAUUUUUGAUGCCCUUUUCCGUUAGGGUAUCUGCAAUGGGAGUCACAUGCCUGAAAAUGCUUCAAACUUUUUGGUUCUAGUUCUUGGACAGCAAACUGCGAACCAUACUUGAAAUGGAAAACAAGUUUCAAGCAUUUUAUCCCCUUGAGCACUUUCGCUUUUUAAAUGGAACGAGAAUAGCAUCUCUUUGGUCUUUGCUCAGUAUGAAAAUCGGUGAUAGAAUAAAGUAUGGGAAUUGCGACUUUGGGUCAAAUUUAUGUAGAGGUUUUAAGUCAGACUCGUAGCGGCUGAAGCUUCAAGGUAGUGGUACCUCAGCGCGUCUCUUUGGCGGCUCCGCGUGUCACAGCGUAAUUGAGUGCUUGGAAUUUCAUGCCGUUCUGGAAACCCAUUUACCUUUUAAGACGAGUAUGAUUAUAACUUCUGAAUUAUUUCCGCGCUGCGUCAUUGCUUUGAAUGUACAGAAUUGAAGCCUAUCAAGUGUUUUUAGAGUUCUACUUUUUGGUAA